AUGUCUGAUCGUGAAGAAGAGGAGUUUCACCCAAACGAUCGGAGUGACAUGUGUGACUCCGGUAGUGAUUCCGCCGUUGCUUCCUUUGUCGUCUCCAUUCGGAACUACUUGAAAACCACCCACAAAACUGAGGUUAUGGAGCGAGGCGAUGAAAACCACCCUCAAAAUUCAAGAUUUAGAUUCUGUACAUACUGCGGCAAAGGGUUUGAGUCGAACAAGGCACUGUGUGGCCAUCUUCGGAUCCACCGAGCUAGGUCAAAACCUGAAAUCCGCGACAUCAAGACUCAAAGAAAACCUUCUCCGGAUCCGGAAGAAGAUGAAGAUGAUGGUUUCGGUUGUCUUGUUUGCAACAAAAGUUUCUCAUCGAUGCAGUUGUUGUGCCUACAUAUGAGAAUCCAUCGUGAAAAGCUUUCCGAUGGUGUUGGGCAACCUACAAUGUCUCUGGAAAGCAACUCUAAGGCCACCGUCAAAGAAGGGAUUGAGAGCACAGCCUGUCCAAGGAAUGACCAAAAUUGUUGUCAAACUGGAGAAAGAGGGUUGAAGAAAACUGCUAGCGACGACGAUGUAAUGCACGAUGCUGUGCCCUUGAGGGUCUAUUACGGACCUGCACAUGCUCAGAUGGAAACAAGGAAGAAGAGAAAGAUUGAAGAGACCUCAACGGAGGGAAUUACCGAUAGUACUGAGAGCCCAGUGGGAAAUUGUAUGGCAAUAGAUACGUUGGGCAACAAGUCCAAAGCCAGGUCCAGGAUGAAGAAAGCUAAGGUGAUGAAAAGUGUGCAUCCAUGUGAGAUAUGUGGCAAGACUUUCACAACGGGUCAGGCACUCGGUGGUCACAAAACGUACCAUCGGCCUAAGGUGGAGUUAGUGCAGGCAAAACCCAAACAAGAAACGUGUGUCACCAGAAUGAUGUUCCCUGAAGAUGCUCCUUCGUCUGAACAAGCUCGUCGGAAGAAGAUAUUGGAUUUUGAUCUUAAUAUCCCUUAUCAAGAAGAAUGA